UAUACCUGGCGAGGAGCACCAGCUAGCGCGACGAGCCAACUCGUAUUUAGAGCCGCGCGUUCAGUGGAAUAGAAUGGCUCUCUCCAAGAAGUGCGUCGUGCGGGCCGCCCUGGCGUUUGCCCUCGUCAGCGUCGCCACUUGCAGCUCUGAUACGGUGUCUUUUUCAGAAAACAAUAGAGGCUCGAUAGACCAAUCGUGUUGGGAGGCAGUCGGUAUUGAUUCUUGGCCCAUCAAAGAAGAGGAGCAAGUUUGCGGAACAAACGGCGUUUUGUACCCCAGCCAAAAUGCACUCAAGUGUAUUUCCAAACAAGCAGGAGUUGAGCAACAGGAGCGAGAAAAGUGCAGCGGCGGCUCCGACGGCGGCGGCAAGUUCGAUCCGUGCGUGGCGCUCGCCUACGUCGCCACGCGCCGAGUAUGCGGCUCUGAUAAUGUGACGUACAACAACGUGUGGCAUAUGGUGUGCACCUCCAACAUGUACAGCGUGGAGAUAAAUGCCGAGCACGACGGCGAGUGUGCCAUCGAGUGUCCUUACUCGCCCGUCUACAAACCUGUUUGCAGCACCACUGAUUACACCUUUGCCAACGAGCAGGCUCUCAAGUGCAAGCAGAUAUUGCAGCCGUAUAUCAAGAACGGUUUCCAGCACGAGGGUCAGUGUAAGAGGCAGCAGAGCACCAACCCUUGCUACGAAUCUAACACAUUCACCCCAGUGUGCGCUUCAAACGGGCACACUUACACGAGUGCUCAGCACAUUCGCUGCCUGAAGCAAGUCAAUAGCGAUCUGCGGGCACUUCACGACGGUGCUUGCACUCCGGACGAGGUGAAAGAGAUCAUUGGGCUGGACGACGUGUGCAGGAUGGCGAAUCACAGGCAGGAGUGGAGUCCCAUUUGCGGCAGCGACAACGUCACCUACCCCAACUCGUACCGGUAUCUCUGCGCUAAGAAGGAGAAGGGCGAAGAUUUACAAGUGUCCUACAUGGGCGAAUGCGGGUCUUUCGACUACUGCCGGCAGCCGGAACCAGAUGCGAGCCCAGUUUGUGGCACGGACGGAGUGACAUACCCACACGAUAACGCCCUGUACUGCGCGCAGGCCAGCUCGCGAUACCUCGGCAAAAAGCACCAGGGCGCGUGCAACGGAACCGUUGACGACCCCUGUUUGCACAGAGGCUUUCCCUUUUUGGACGACAACGGCAGGCCCGUGUGCGCUUCCAACGCAGUCACUUACGUCUCGCCCGAAGCCCUGUGGUGCGCGGCCAAAAACGAUUCCGGAAUUAAAUUUAUUCAUUCCGGAGAGUGCUUUUAGCCGACGUGUGCGAGGCUUACGACGACACCAUACGCUCGAGGGGCUUAUACCAGCGCCGCUCACGUAAUACCCGCGUAAUUUAUUUGAUGUGAGAUUCUGCCUCAUCUGCAAAUAUUUAUUUUCAAAUAAAACUGCUGCAUAUAUAGGCCAUGAAGUAUUAAAACCGAUACCCAA